UGAGCAUUAGCCGUACAUGCAAAAGCAGAAACACUAACAAGAGCACAGGAGAAGUUCGCGUUGAAGAAAUCUAAUGAAUAUUUCGUUAUAGUGAAAUACUUUUUCCGGGAUGAUCUUAGUUCUAUUUCAUUCUACUGAAAUCGGAAAAAUCAGUUCAGUUGAAUGUUUGACGUCGCGUUGCUAACAUUAUCUUUUUCGUAUGUUUUUUAUUUUGACCGUGAAUUAUUGUAACUGGAAAAUAACAACUUUUGAAUGAUGAUACAACGAGGAAUGCUGAGAUUUGUUAUGAAAGCAAAUAGUGAAGUGUUUCUGUAUUCUGUUGCAGUUUUUUUUCGCUAUAUUCAAGAAUAUUGAUUUUUCCAGAGCACUGGAAAUGAAGGAAGCUCGUUAAGUGAACAGUGAAAUUACGUAUUUUGAUGUAUUUAUACGUAUGACAGACUGUGCGGAUAAAACAGGAAAAAUGCACUGGAAUGUACCUUAUGGUUUAGAUGACAUGGAUAUCAUGAAUCUGCUAUUCAAACAGCGUGAUGCAACGUGAAUGGGGAUACAACAUCUAAAUGCACCAGAAAUAGUUUGUGUGUGUUAAACUUUGGCAUUUUCUCAAAACGUGAAAAUGUGGAAUAUAAUAUCACAUGAUAAAUAUCAACAUUUAUAUGUAGGCCAAAACGUGUUUCUAUGGUCGGACGAUACUUUGAUUAAAUGUAUUUGAGUUCUAGUAAUUAAAAAUCGAACAUACAUUAUGCGGACCUGCAAGAAAUAAAUAAAUCGAUUCGACGAUAACGAAUGAAAUGUUGAUAAGAAAACAUAUGAAGCAACGAUGGAAUCUCAAUCAGUUCAUAGUUAGUUAUACGGCAGUUUUUGUUAGAAAAAUACAUGUUUUCGUGAACAAGAGAGUGAAAACUACAACCAUGUGAUGUUGGUCAAGUUUUUAGUAAAUGAAAACAUGAUGUCUGAAGCAGGAUUUGAUAUUUUAUCAAACAGAACACGGUAUGCAAUUAGACCAAAAGGAUAAUUUGAUUGUGCAGGAACCAUACAGUGAGCAUAAAAAGCAGACAGAAGAAAUGAAAAAUGUGUAUCUUUUCCGGCAUGCCUUACAACUUCGAGCUUGUCAUGGAUACUUGGAAUGGGAAACAGAACGCGUUCAAUGUAUUAUUAGUUGCAACUCCAUGAUAUAUGGCUAAAAAGGAGAGAAGACAUGAUUUCAGGCUAAUGAAUCAAGAAAAACAAUAUAACCUGCGCAUUCCCAGUUACAGCCAAAAAAUUUCGGCUGCGAUGCGACGGGUGGAAACUAUUGCUUGCCUAAUCAAUUCUACUCAAUGACAAGAAUUGUAAUGAAUGUGCCAAAGCGCAUUCAACAGCCACAGAAGGUGGAUCGGCGGAAACUACAAUGAUCAGCAGAAUAUCAAAGGGGGACCGAGAAAAAUUACCGAAAUGUUCGAUGUACAAUUCCGACAUGCAAUGGAUAAACAGAUGGAUAAAGCAGUGAGUUACUAGCGGUGGGAGAAAUAAAGUGUAAAGAAAUAGUGUAAAUAAAAUACGUGCAACACGAUUUAGAGCAUUUCGUCAAACACUACAAUGUUUCAAAUGCAACAGAAGGACAACAAAUAAGUUAUAAAUGAUAAGUGCUUCAGAGAGUCGUGUUGAUCUGAAAACGUUUCGGAGUGCAUCGAUAGUGAGCUCAAUAUUUGACACUGGUGGAUCAACUAAAUUAUACUCUCUGGAUCCUAGUGUGGAACUUGAACUUGAAUCACCAGAUACUCCUUCGAGAAGGAGUAUUUAUGAUUCCGAUCAGUUGUCACACAUGGGAAGAGCUGUUUCCACUAGGAGUUUAGUCGAUACUAGGAGAGGAAUUCAACACAAGAGAUCAUUUUCCAAGAAAGUUAAAACACAGCUGGUUGAGGGAGUGCCAUCCUAUUUUCGCAGAAAUCAAGGGGGGCCGCAGCAAAGAGCCCCCAUUAAUUCUCCAUCCAGUAGUAAUAUGGAGUUUCUAAGAGGCGUUUAUGCGUUUAUGCAAGUGAGCAGAUCAUCGGUAAAUCAUGUAAAGACAGACUCCUCAAUUUUUCGGCUGCACACAAAUGCAACUGUUAUUCUUUUGGUAACAUUUUCGAUAGCAGUAACAACACGACAAUACGUCGGAAAUCCAAUAGACUGCGUUCACACACGAGACAUCCCGGAAGACGUAUUGAAUACAUAUUGUUGGAUUCAUUCAACAUACACAGUUGUUGACGCAUUCAUGAAGAAACAAGGUCAAGAAGUUCCGUUUCCUGGCGUAGACAACUCACAACGGAGUGGUGCGUUAACAAUAAGACAUACAAAAUACUACCAAUGGGUAGCAUUUACUUUAUUCUUUCAGGCUAUUCUUUUUUACACACCACGAUGGCUGUGGAAAUCAUGGGAAGGAGGUAAAAUACAUGCCCUUAUGAUGGACCUAGACAUAGGUAUAUGCUCGGAAAUAGAGAAGAAGCAAAAGAAAAAAUUGCUUCUCGACUAUUUAUGGGAUAACUUGAGGUACCAUAACUGGUGGGCGUAUAGAUAUUACAUAUGUGAAUUCUUAUCAUUGGUGAAUGUGAUAGGACAAAUGUUUCUAAUGAAUCGAUUUUUUGAUGGCGAAUUUAUGACGUUUGGUUUAGAUGUUAUAGCGCAUAUGGAAGCGGAUCAGGAAGACAGAAUGGAUCCUAUGAUUUAUAUCUUUCCAAGGAUGACUAAGUGCACAUUCUACAAGUAUGGCGUUAGUGGUGAAGUUGAACGACACGACGCUAUAUGUAUUCUUCCGUUAAAUGUAGUCAACGAAAAAAUCUACAUAUUUCUGUGGUUUUGGUUUAUCAUACUUACGAUACUCACGACGUUAACGAUAUGUUAUAGAAUCAUUAUUAUAUUUUCGCCUCGAAUGCGAGUGUAUUUAUUAAGAUUAAGGUUUAGGUUAGUUCGUCGAGACGCUAUAGAGAUUAUAGUAAGACGUUCGAAAAUGGGCGAUUGGUUUCUAUUAUAUAGAUUAGGUGAAAAUUUAGAUAGUAUUAUAUUUCGUGAUGUUAUGCAAGAUUUAGCAAAUCGUCUACACAAUAAUCAACACCAUCGUGUACCUGGUAUGAAAGGUGAAAUACAGGAUGCAUGAUAUUGGCUAUCAUAGACUUUAUAUGUUGUUACAACGCUAAUUUGGUAUAUUUCGUUUUGUUAGUUUUAAUAUCGAUUUACUUCUGUUUGUAUAAAUAUUUAUCCAUUUUCUGGACUUAAUUUAUUUAUAUAACGAUAGUUCCAUCACACAACACACACCCGUGAUAUUAAGCAGAGAAAAAAAAACAUUGAACGAAACAAAAUAACACGCUUCUAUAUAAUUUAAUUUAUGGAAAAUAAUUGAAACUGCAUUUGUGCAAAACCAAAGAUCAUAUUCAUCUAAAUAUCUAGCAUUAUUGAAUUUGCCUCUGGUUUUAGAUUUAGUUGAACUAAAUAAUGUUGUAUUAGUCGCAGACAAGUGAGGCUUACAUUUGUUCAUUUACCUCUAGGUGGGCAAAAACAAUGAAACGGUUUUAUAUCGAGACAGUCAUAAAUUCAGUUCAUUUAUUGUAUGGGUUGUAUAUACAUGGUUCAAACGGGAAGUAAAGUCAAUGAAUCGAUUAAAUGAAAUGACACAUUCAACACAUUCAAAUGCUUAGAAUUGACGCCCUCAUCGUUGGUACAAUGCCUCUUGCGAGGUUUCUUGACAUUGGAGACUGUACAGUAGGCCAUCUCACGAAGUGUAUUUGAGUUAUGGUGGAAAUUUUCUUUGAAAAUCACUCUGCCACACUGAGAGUAAUUGUGAUCGUCCAAAAGGUAAAGCCUAUUUCAGUUAUUAUUCAGUCGCAUAAAGCAGGACAUUUCUCAGCAUAAAAAUAAAAAAACAAAAAAGGGAUGAAUGGAAAUAUUUUGUAGGUUAUUCAAUGAACUUUAAUGGAAAAAUACACUUAUGUCAACUUACGGGCAAAUUUAUCUGCGUAAACAAAUUUGAACCUACCCGCAGCACCCUUUUUAUACUUGGCUUUUAACAAGCUCAAAUGGAAAUGUGGUAGAACAAGAUAGCAGGUGUAUGACACGAUUAUCGCUAUCUCACUCUACCUACCGUCACCGCCUAUCUCACUAUCCCUCUGCUGUAAAAGUUCAUCAUCGACAUCACGAUAUGUCAGAUGGUGGUAAAUUGGUAAUUCGCGAUAACGUCGACGUCUGGUGGCGACUUCAAGUUAGAGUCAUAAUUUGGGUCCCAAAAUCGUUAGUGUAAUCUCUACCAGAUUAGAAAACACGAAGCCGGUUUUCAAAUUUUAAAAUUUGAAUGAAAAUUUUCACAUUAUGUUAUUUAAUUAUUAGAAACACGUAUUUCUGACUUUCAUUCAACCAUAUGGUCAUACAAUUCCAACAUUGUUGCUGAUUUUUUUUCAUUAUAAUAUAAAGUUGUCUUCAUAAACAAUUUUCGUAUGAGACUUUUUCCCCACCUGCAAACAAAAAUGUUUUUAAUUUAAACAGAAUACUAAUUUGAUAUGGGAAAGCUAAUUUUCAUUCAUAAUUUUAAUUUUGAAAACGUUCACUCCGACUGAAAAUCAGCUGUUCUUUGACGCUCCCCUAAACUAGUAAACGAAGCUCACUGCCGUCAACGCGGAUCGCUGUUUUGAAGAAAACAAAUACUUCUGACGUGUGAGAUGUUGGCAUCAAAAACAUGGCGGGUGCCAUACGGCUGCAAGAUAGCAAAUAUAGUUCCAGCAGUACUGAGCAGAAAAUGAUGGGUGGUAUCACACAAAAAUGUUCGAAAAUUCAUCCGAACAGCUGACGAACCAUUUACAUGUAUUUUUUCCCUUAAAUUUAAAUAAAAAAAUCUACAAAAUGACAUCCUCCCAUUUUUAGUACGUUAUUUCUGUGCCGAGAAAUCGCCUACUUUGUGCGUCAAAAUUAUAACACUUUGUUCUACAUCAGCCCCCGGUUCGGUUGCUUGGUGAACAAUUACCAUCUUCGAAUCAAAUACUCCUAAUGGUACCGAUGUUGGAAUUGUAUAUUUACCAAUUUUUGACAAUCAAUUUCAGAGUUCUCAAUUUUCUCUGUUUAUUCAAUGCGAUCGCAAGUUACACUACACCGCUUACUGUGAUUCAUUUGAACGCAGAUUUCCAGUUCACGGAAAUGAUUUAGUAGAGGAACAGGCGGUACACUUUUCCAAAUUCAUCAAUUUCUUAUCUUCCAUCGGAUUUCUUACGCGCUACAGUAAAUUAACAGUGCAUCCAUAUUUUAUGAAAGUCGGGCUUUAUUAACCCUUCUAUACUCGCGCACACGUUCUUACAGACCGAAAGUCAAUAAUUAUGUGACUAUCAAUGACUAUUAAAACUGAAUGAAUUCUUUGAAUAAAUAUCAAUAACGCUCAAAGCUAUACAAUAGCAAUAUUACAGAGACACGCACAGUAUCAGACGUUUGUUCGUUGUUGUGUUAAAGAGGCUUCAAACUCUAAGAGUUUUUUUGCCUAUCAGUCUGUGACACCGUACGUGAGUACAGGAGAGUCAAACUUUAUCGAUUAAUUGUAUAUGGAUGGGUUUACGGUAUUACGUUUUAUUAGUUUAUAUUCGGACUUUCAUCUCGUUCAUGAUUUCCGUGGUUAUCCACUAUGUGAUUAAGUGUGAUAUAUAGUGUUUUCAGCAUUUCUUUCCGUAAGAGUUUGAUAAGAAUUAAAAGUAUCCCCAAUCGGCAGUUUUUUUCAUUAUACUCUCCCAAAUUGAUGACCUCUCUUUUUUCCUCAUUCACAAGCAUUGUUGACUUCAACCGUGAAGUGGCAGAUACACGCCUAAUAUUACUAUGCAAAUGGAUGCACAAUAUAAUUUAAGGUUGUCCACAAACGUACAAUAUGGAGAUAAUAUUGAAGGUUGUGCAAAAUAUUGUCCACAGAUCAUAGAAUAUUUUUUCAACACUGCACAACAAAUAUCAAUUUUUUAUAUUUCGUACAAUACAACCUUUCAACCUUUACCUUUUUUUACAACCGUACAUCCUUUCAAUAUUAUAAAUACACGUUCGAUUUUAUUGCACAAUCUCCCAUAUGGCGCAAUAAUAUAAAGCGUGUAUGGGCCACGUAACGGCAAAGCGUACUCACUUAAUCCAAAUUUCGAACUUCGAGAGAUGAUAAAGAUUCUCGAGGUAUUCUGGAUGCCACCUUACUUUUUAGGUCCUAUUUGAUACCCAAGUCGAUAAAUAAUGACGACACGACCUCAAAUCUCCAUUCGCCUUCAGGAACACUGUGUCUUGAGCCAUCUCACGUCAUUCGCCGCGGAAUAGACGUUAUGAUCUUGUCCGGUCGAUCGAUUAUCCAGCAAGUCUGCCGGUUCAGUUUGGGUUUGACUGUCAGAUCAGCAAAACGCACUGUGUAAACGCGAAAUCAAUCUUUUGACUUAUUAUAUCUGGUGAUAAAUGUCUGAAUGGUGUAAGUGAGGUGGUGAUAUGGAUGUCAUACUAGUCGUAAUUAAUUUCCCUUGCAAGAGAUCAUCUCAUCUUUCUACACUAAUAAUCUUUUGUUUAUACCGAGUACCCUUAUCCAUUAUUCACAUAAGUUCCGUAUUAAUUCACAACCAGGUUAACUGAACAUUUAAAUUCGUUUAGAAAAUGUGUAAACUAUGGCCAGUUAAGCGAAGUAUUUAGUAUGAUUCCUUGCUGUGAUGACGAAGAGCUGACAUACGACUGAAACGGUAAUAAGAUGGUGGCUAGGAGCAAACAUACAAACGCAAAGAGUUAAGAGAUCUACAUUGUUUAUCUUCUUGACAUUGAACCUAAAUGUACUUGGCCAAUCGAUUGGCAUAUUCCUUUACCAAUUAACCUACGGUUUAACUUCCACAAUGGCUAACCAAGUUCAAACGAUCGAUCACGGUCAGGCCGGAUGUUAUAGUGUUUAGCCUAGUCUGUUCGACACGUGUAAAACUCGAUGUUGUAGGUUGAAAGGUUGAAACUUCUCAAGUUCUCAAGCGAAAUUAUUGUCGCUAUUAUUGGUCCGAACUCAAUAUUGCUAUUCUGUAACGGAUCUACGAUACCGGUGGUGUUUUGCUAAAGUCAGGGUUUUUUUAUUCUAACGAAAAAAAAAGUCAUUUUGGAUGUUUUUCUACUCCUCUAUCGAUCCUAAUAACACAAUUGGCAUUGCUUUUCGAUCGGACUAUGUAUAUAUAAGAUUAGCAGUGAGUAAUGGAGAGACGAUCAUGUUCAACAUCAUCAAUACAUGGCUUACAAUUUCACGACACACAUUUUUGCGAUACUGCCUUUGCAUAUAAAAAAAUAGUUGUAUUCAUCGUUAAGGUCGGUCAUCGGUUUUACAAUAUUAAUGAUAUAGGAAAAAAACCACCAAUUGAAGUUUAGUUGAUUGAUUCAAAGAUUAGCCAAAACCAAACUAAUCUUCGACGUAGCACAAGAGUCACAGUUGAAAUUGAAUUUAUUUAAUAUUGGUAAAUAUUUUGUGACUCGUAGUAGUCUAGUAUAUUUCAUACACACCAAUCAGUGUUCAGAUCUUUGUAAUAUAUUCCGCUUUAUUCUGCGCCGCGAGUGACGUCAUAUAACUAAGUUCCUCGCUUUAUUCUGGAUGUCACCUUACAUAUGGCUCUCAGUUGAUACUCGAGUUGAUAGCAGAAGAGGACUCGUCUUCAAAUCGCAUCUAACGACAAACGAUAGUCACGGCGUUCGCCCAUACUGCGAUUUCAGCCAUCGUAUAUUCUAUAGAGUGGGUUGUUUGUUAAAAAAAUGUGCGUCCCUUCUAUUGUCAAGUUGACAAUAAGAUUAUAUGGAUCAUCGAUCGUCGAUCGUCUGCACCAAUAUUUACCACCAAGAAAUGUUCAAAAAUACGAUAUGCUAGUAGUCUCCAAACUCCGGCACAAUCCAGGGCACGACAUGAAAUUGAGAUUCCUCAGGAUCAUCUCGUCCAUAAUCGUAGAAAUCUUAAGCUUUUAGAGGCUUCAUCAAGUGUUCAUUGGAGCAUGCUUCCGAUUUUAUUCCGAAUAUAUUUUUCCAUGAAUAGGCCGAUCGGAAGGAAGUACUUCCUAAAAUGGAAAAUCUUUGAUUUGGAAUAGGAAAAAAAAGAUCACUCCAAAAUGCUCUCUUUUUCGGCAUAAUCUUAGUUUGGAACAAAUAAAGGGUGUCCCAAAUCAAAUUGCAUCACGGAAAAAAAAACGCUGUAGAAAAUUAACCAGUUGAGCGAUCCUUUUCAAACUUUCAGACAAUAAAAUAUAUCCCAUUAGAAAACUUUUGGCAUAUUUAUUUCAUUCAAUUUCAAUACCAUUACCGUAUGCUCGCGUCUUACGCUUAACACCAAUCAUAAGGUUCUGUACAAUAUCUGCCUAAGUUUCUUCUGUAGGGAAACCCACUAUUCCUUGAUGUUUUCCUCAGAUUUGACUUCCUUGGGAUGGCCUUAUUUCAAUGGGCCUUAGUUCCGGUGCGUUUAGGGGGUUCAUGUCCUUGGGUACUAUAGUGACCCUGUUGGCUUCGUACCACUCCAGGACAUCCUGUAUAAUGUACUGUAUAGUGGCUCGAAGCUAGAGGAACGUAAGGCUCUCGUAUCGCUUUAACAGAAGAAGUAGACGCUUCUUCAGACACUCCUUGAGGCAGAUCUGCCCGUUUACAGUCCCACUAGUCACGAACGGCGCACUCCGUAUGCCACAUGAGCAGAUCACUUGCUAAAUCAUGUAUAUCUUGGCAACUUUGAAAGUUUCUGUUUCCUUACUUCCUCUGAAACAAUAAACUUGUUUUAAGCGGCGAAGAAUAGUAGCCUCGGAAGCUUCCGGAAAUGCACCUUGACGUAAGUCUCAUCAUCCAUGUUGAGACAAUGAGGCUUCGUCAGCAUUUGGAUACACAGUUUCCGGGCCCGUGACUUAGCCAUCGUAUUUUGCCGUUUGCUUCUGCACUUUGUACGUAUGCAGUCCCUCUCGGUCCUUGGCUCUCUGAAUGAAAGACUUGGAAAGAUUCAAUUUUGUGGCCACAUCCCUGACCGAAGCAUUCCGCGCUUCAACGCUUUUACGAUCCUGAUCACUAAUAGAACAUCCAUUCUGAUCGCAUUUCUCCUUCCGUUCGAUGCUCAGAGUUUCGAAAUAACCUAUAAUUACACGACUCACCGUUGACGGCACGAUUCUGAAUUGUUUUCCGAUAUCCCAAUGAGAGAGUUCAGCUUGCGCAAAAUCAGUUCGUGACGUUGCUUUCCCGGGUGACGCCAUUUUUUCCAAUUUUCGAAAAACUGACAGCGAUAAAAAUACAGUGUAAACAAUACACUCUAAAUUACUCCUGCCCUAUUUUUAAAGAAAAUACCCAAUGGGUGAUAUGCAUCUAGAUCUGAUCAAUUCAUGUCUUUCUAUGGUUUCGAUGGCUCUAUUCUAUGUUUUUUUUCCAAUAUUUAAAAAUAAUCAAUUGGAUUUAUCAAAACGUAGGUUGCUCGAUAAGCUGACAUCAACAUUGAAUAGUUUGAUGUUUCCAACGAUUCGACAUUCAUGCGCUAUUUGUGUUAUUCACAGUGGUUUAUUUGCAUGAACUUUAUUGCAGCCUCAAAUGAAAUUGGAACUUGGAAACUUGCUUGCGAUGUAAAUCAUUACGGCUUCAUUACGAUUGUAUAUUUCGUCGUGGCUAAUGUUAACCAGGGCUUGUUAUUUUGGAAACUAAGAUGUGAAAAUACUUUUUCACUUGAAGUGCCGUCUACGUUUUGGCAAAGGGAAAGAAUCAAAAUGAACAACGAAACUCUAUAGAGAACUGGUAGGGUGUCUAAUGUACCUCAACCAAACAACUCGUCCGGACCUGUUUGCCUCGGUCAACUCCUACAGUCAGUUUCAGACCUGUCCAACUGAGGAACAUUGGAGACACCUUAAGCCAGUGCUACGAGAUAUCGAGAGGUCUUUGGAUGUUAGAUUAGUAUACAUCGGUGACGAUAAGGCAGAGAUCAUUAUGACAUUUUGCAUUGCAGAUUGGACGAAUGAUGUGGUCGACAGGCGCUUCGCGUUUUCAAGAUAUUCGAAUGAAUGACGACUUGGCUGACGAGUAAACAACAAAUGGUGUAGUUUUCAUCUACCGAAGUGGAACUAAUCGCUCUCUGUUCGACGGGUCGUGAGGGUGUCUGGUUGGUAUGAUUGCUGGAAGAAGUUGGAUACCAGUUAACAAAUCCAGUACAAUAUUUUGAGGGAAAUCAUUCUAUCAUCAGGGCGGUGGUAGAACCGAAAGAUCGUGGUCGAUUGAAUCACAUCAAUGUGCAGCUACAGUUCGUUGAAAAUCAGCGGGGCGCAUUUGUGUUAAGUAUAAUUGCAGGCAGCAUAUAUAAUGACGAAGAUUUUCACAUGUGGGCAGUUUCAUCGUUUGCGGGAGAAUGAAUAAUAUGAAUAAAAUGAUAAUAAAUCAUUUUUGAAAAUAUCGAGCGUAAAAAAAACUCCUGGGUUAAGCGAAAUAAACCACCAUUAGCUACCCCUAAAGCCGGUUUUCACUCGGAGUUAUUCACGCGCUAUAUCUAGAGGAAUUUGGAAGGAAUUCUGUAUUAUGAGCUUCUUCCAAGCAAUAAGUCGAUAAAUUCCAACAAGCGUUGCCUGCGAUUUAAUAUGUUAGUUUAUACAUUUACAAAGAGAGUCGAUGUACAUAUGACUUUUACGAACGCUUGAGUACAAUGAGCAAACAACAAAUCAACAACAUGGUUCUAAUAUUUUCAUUAUACACAUGCGUAAUUCAUUCAAGCCCUAUGCAAAACUAGCCACAAACAAUCGAAAACAGAAUAAAUAUUAUUAACCUUCAACAAAAUUUGUUUGCGUAUUUACCACGCUACACAUAAUCCAACAACAACAACAACAACUGUAUUAUGAAUUUGCUUUCAACGAUACUUUUGCACGACUUACUUGUCAUAUUUUUUGUUUGGAUAAUCCCUAUUUCUUAUGGUUUCGGUAGAUGUAGCAUUGUAUGACAUAAAACGGAUUGCACUAACGAAAUUAGUGUAAUCUUUUUCUGCAUGUUUAAUUUGUCACAACAACAUUGUUUCUGAUUGAUUCAAUUCAAGUCGUUCAAAGCUUCGGUCAUUUAAUUGUCGUAAUAACUUUCCCUAAUAGUAUUUCUAAACCGGGUUCAAACUGAACGUAUUACAAUAGUUAAUUCUUGAUGUUGGCGCAUAUUCGUCGGUUAUUGAAGCAAAUUGAAGGAACAAUUCUUGAACGAAUAGCACAAGAACGAAAAUCCAGACUGAACUCUAUUCACUUUUUUCCAAAUUUAUUGAUUUUGUUUGUUCUCUCACCGCACCGCACUAUAAAUCCUAUACUCAUUAUCACUAGCUAUAUUAUUGUUGGAAUAAUUAUAAUACUUCAAUUUACAUUAUUUAUUAAAAAGAAUAUAUUUACAUUCUCAAUAGGAAAGAUUCCAAUCCAUAAUAGUUUCUGCAUUGGUUAUCAAUGAUUUGUUUCAAAACUAACUGGUAUCUGGAAAACUUGCUCGCAGGGAAUGGUUUAAAGUCGCGAUGAUUAUUUGUACUAUUGGUCAUUUGAUUUUUGUUUUGUAUUAUGAUGUUCUUUUGCUACGCAUUCUAUAUAUUACAGCAGUAACCUCGAACAUUAUUACCAUCUAUUAUAACAACCAUCAUACUAUACGCUAAAAGCUUUUUCUCGAUUUUCAGAUGUCGACAAAAUUGAGUACGGAUUCGGAGUAAAUUUAUUUUGAUUUAAAUUGAACAUACAACCGAUGGAUUUUACUAGAUACACACAUAAAUUGCGGAUUAAAUUUUUUGGGAGCUUAAGAUGAUCAUUUCAGAUUCAAUGAACUAUUAGCUAUGCCCCGUCAAGUACCACAUUACUAAUCAAUUAAUUUUCACAUCUAAAGUACAUGGAACAUGCAUUUACAACUAAAAUUUCCUCAGUAGAAACAUUAAUUGAUCUCACAUUUUCCAUCUGCAUCUAAUCAACUUUAGAAAUUAAAAAAAAAACUUAUACAACUUCACAGAAAAUAAAUAUCAUACAGAAUCAAAAUGAAGUCAUUAGGUAUUCCAUAUACAUACAUAGUACAGCUGAUCUUGCCUAAGUUAAGUAUUUAAUAUAUAAAUUAAUACUGUGGAACGUACGAAAACAUAUUUAAUCCAACGAAUGUUUUUCUAUGAUUUUGAUAGGUUUUGUGAAGAUGUAAAUGAAAUGAUUGAUUUUUCAAUACCUUAACUUGAACUCGAAUUGGUGUGUGUGGGAUAUACAUUAUCUACUAGUUUCAAUCAUUUUUUUCGUUUGUUACAGCAAUACAGACCGUAGGUUUUUCAAUUAUUUGUAAAAUUUGUGAAAAAUUGCUAGUUAAUUGUUAAUAAUUGAAACUGGACAUUGCUAGAAUUAUUAUUUUGCGCGGAGACGAUAUCCAAAAUUGGUGGGUGUGAUUCUAUAUCUUUAUAACUUUUUUUAAAGUUGAGGAAAUAAAAUCCGCCAGCACUGCCAACUAACUGUAAACAGGCUCUAAACAUUCAAAAUAUUUGUGAAAAAACAUCAAAAUAUUCUGCAAGAAACGAUGAAAAAUGCUACGAACGUCGUAUCAUAGGGUGUUAUCUUGUUUUAGUUCAUUACAUAAUCAGCAUCAUGAAAUGACAUAAAAUCGUUAGAUGAAUAUUUAUGUUUUAGGUUUUCAAUAUAAAUCCUUCGUUAAUCUUCUGCAAAGAGUACACCAGUCGUGCCCAUUCCAUGGUAUAUAAUAAACGGAUGUACAUAAGAAUAUAAGAAAAGUCGAACUAAUUGAACAUCAACGCAAUGGUUGAAUAAAACAAACCAUAGUUAUUUUGUAGAAAUGAUCGAAAAACUAAAAAUGCAUAUGCUUCUUCUAAAUUCGAAUCAAUACAAUUAGAUAGUGUAAAUAAGUAAAAUCUUGUGAAAGGAAACCAAUUUAUAUCAACUAUUGCAAGAACAGGAAGCAAAUCAUAUAAAAAAAAACAAUGCAAUCCAAAAUUCCGUACUUCUGAAUAACUCAACACAGAUGAAAUCAUGAAAUAUCAUGUAAAAUAUAAUAAAAAUUAUGGAUUAGUGAUAGAUUGAUGCAAGGCACCAUGAGUAUCCAUUUAACUAUGUAUAUAAUUUAAAACAAUACAAAUGUUACAGGUCACACAUAAACACGAUAAAUCAUGAAUCAUAAAAAUGUCUUUUAAACAUUUGAUAGUUCAUUAUUCAACAACAAUUGAAUUUGACAAUAUAUUGCUAUUAAAUUCUAAGAACUUUAUUACCAAGAAUCUGAUCACAUUCACGAGGAGUGUGUGUAUCUCAACAGUGCCUGCCAUGGCCUAUUGAUAUUAAAAAAGUCUGUACAUUUGCUGUUUGCAUCUUUUAUUUAGCUCUGUUCUUAUUCUAUAUUAGACUAAACAGUUUUUUGCAUUACGAAUGUGAUGUAAUUACAAUAUUUCUAUGUUUCAUAUGUACACAUAACAAAUCGUAACGUUAGCUGAGCAGAGUUAAAAGUUAACCAAUGUCUGAUUGGAGGGGAAAAAUUGCAUCAAAAAACAUCGUAUCAUAAAAGUAUAAGUAGAUAACGAUUGAUUCGUGCGCAUAAAGAAUCAGUCAUAUAAUGUUUGGUUUUUGAACCUAUCACUCAACCGAAAGUCGCCAUUUGACAAAAAUUAACAAUUAUAAUUGAACGUUAUCCGUAUCCGUUACUAAUCUAAAUUAGAUCCAAGUUAUAGUUAUGUUUGUGAAAACCAACAAAAUUCGACGAAUUGAUUUGAUUUGUCUGGCACAAAAUGUAUAUUCUUCAUAAUUAUGAGUUUGCAGGCUUAAGUAAAUUUUAUUUCCCCGCGAAAACAUUAUUAUAUUAUUAGCUAUGUUUUGGCAUAAUUUAUUAGCUAUAUUAUAUUAGCCAUGUUUUGGCAUAAUUUAUUUCUUUCUCUUCCGGAACUUUUCCGGAACCUCCAUGCGGGACGUACCGACAAAAAAACUCGAGGCCGGGGAUUUGUUUGGUGGCCGCUUUGAUGUAUGUCUCGUCGUCCAUGACGAGACAGCCUGGCUAGACCAGCCACUCACGGCACAGUUUCCGCGCCCGCCAUUUGGCCACUUUGUUUUGCUUGUUAGUCCGGUUUGGCGCCUUCCUAAUCUCAAAAACACGUAGCCCAGCCCGCUUCAUUGUCUGCUGGACGAACCACUUCGACGAAUUUACUUUUUUGGUCACGUUUCGGGUGGACAGGUUCAGGUUCUUCUUAAAGUACUGCCUUAUCUUCCGCGCCUUCUCUGGGUAUUCCGUUUUGGGUUUUCGGCCGCUUUCAGCGCGCCGCUCGAUGGUCUUCGUUUCCCGGAACAUCUUCAUAACGCGGGACACGGUGCAAUGGUGGAUUCCAAGCCUCUUGCCGAUCCAUUUGUGCGACUGACUAGGAUUAUCGAUUACCGCGCCCAAUAUUUACUGGCGUAGCUCUUCUUGUUUCGAAUGCAUCUCGGAAACUACUUGACAGAUCGCGAUAAACUUUUGCACACAUAAACAUAACACUCUAAACUAGUAUUACCCGAAAUUUCAUUAUUUUUUACCCACGCGAUAAAAAGUAACACCCAAAACAAAGUGUCGCAUUUUUUCCGAGUCCAAUCUUUAUUUCUUAUUCACAAGUAAAACUGUAUGAUUUAACUUAUGUUAAAUAUCACCGAUAUUUAUUUGUAUGAAGCGACAUGCGAUUCACUAUGCUCAAACUAUGAAGUAUUAAUUGGAAUGUUUGUGUUCAAAUCCUGCCUUUAUUCGUCGAUCAUCUUAAAGCAAAUCGAGUAUCACUCUCAACAUUUUCUUUGGAAAUUGUAGUUUCUGUCCCUCACAUCACAUCUAUCAUCUAUAUCCGGCGAAAGAAGCUGCCCUUUUUAAACUGUAACGAGGCUCGUUUCGCUCGUUUCUCGUUUUGUCGGCUAAUUUUAUGAUAAAUCAAGUUCUUAUUUUAAUAUAAACACACGGUAACCUCAGUUGUAACAGUUAUUUUAUUUAAAAACAAAAACACAGCAACUAAACGCGUAGUGACAUGUAUACAAUAAAAAAGAAAAGCUUACUACGCCGCAACUUUAAAAAAUCAACGAAAAAUUUUGAGUGAAUUGUUCACAACUCUUUCCUCCAAUUUUUGGCUGAGGUGUUCAUCGGUAUCAAUUCAAGUUAAUUCAAAAACAUUAGCAAUAACAUUAACAGCAACGCUUUUUACCAUUUAAAUGACAAAAAAUAUAGGUACUCGAAUUCAUCUCUUAGUCAACACACACGUUUUUUCCGCUAAAUUUAGUAUGACUAAGGACAUAUGGAGAACAACGAAAGAAAAUUUAUUUGUUUUAACAUUUAGAAAUUAUAGAGAUGAAUUCUGUUACAUUCGUAUAAUGCGUUUAUGUGGCUAAAAUAACAUUAUGUAUGCUUUACUUCAUACGUCAGUAGCCAGAUAAUCUAUUGAAGAUUAAAAAACAUAUCAAAUCUCAUCUAGAUCCAACAAUUCAGAAGUGCCAAACAUAUUUUGAGUUCACGGAAGUAAUGGAUAACUAUUUGAUAAUAGAUAAUCCACUUAUUAACCGAAGGGCAGAACACUGAAGUAAUCUGUAUAUAAUCUGCUCGGCACAUUUGUUAUGUGUACUCUAUAAUUAACGAAAACAUCAUAUUCAGUAUUUAGAGGUAUCAAAGCUUCGUAUGUAAAAGUGACCCAUACGGACCCUAAUUGUAAUAUAGGAUACAUGAUAAAUUGCUUAAAAUUUGAUUAUUUCAAUUAGUUUCAGUGAAGAUUUCCUAGAGAAUCAGAAAAGAAUUUUGAUUUGAUCGAUCUGUACUUUCAUUGAAAUGUGGUAGUAUCAUUCGUCAAUUAUAAACGUUGCACAACAUUUGCUAAGUACCUGAGAUCGAAUAUUUCAAAUUAACAUGACGGACAAAGUACCAUGUGGAUAAUGGUUUGAUCAAACUAGUAUACAUUAAUCAUUGAUUUGAAUAUUUCAAUAAUUUUUGUUUUGUUAUCUGUUGUCAUUCCGAAAAACAGCCGUGGGUCAUUUUUACCGGUAAACAUUGUUUCCUUCACAAAAAUAUUAAAAUAAACGGGAACUGAAUUACAUUACACUACAAGUUCAUCAAUACAAACUGCCAAACAUUUAGUAUAGAAAUGCCAGAAAACAAAACAAAACUGUCUUAUCAAUAAAUUUUCACUUUUUACAACUAGUCUCAUCACAUAUUAUAUUUCAUUGAUGUGUAAACCACACAAGAUCCCAUAGAGAAGAAAAAUAGUCAGACUAUUUUUAUACACUGAAAGUCUUAAAAAGUGGUAUAUAAAAUAUGGAUUAAACGAAAAUCAGUCAUAAAGGUGAACUUACAGAACUACAUACUCCAAUUGUAUAUACAUUAGUAAUUUGUAAUAUUUUAACAAAAACAAAUCUGUUAAAGGGGGGCAUAUGACGAUGAAUUGACAGUUAUUACACACAAAACAUGAGAAUAAAGUAUAAGCAUACCAAAUCGUCUUUAGUGAUUUUAUAGCGUAAUGGAAAAGAAUUUUAAUAACGACCAAACUUACUAUUAAUUAUACACAUACAUGUUUUUAACGAUACGGAAAUAAUGAAAAUGAGAGCAAAAUUGAUACUAAAACACCAAGAAGUGCUAUUAGUAAAUAAAACCCAAUAUUAUCUGUUUAUUAUAAUUCACUGACAUAAUGAAGACGAAUCUUCCACUUCAUAUAUAACUAAAAACAGACAAAAAAGUAGAGCAUAAAAACUAAAAUGGGCAUUACGAAAAACGUUGAAUAUGGUGAUACGAGUGUUAAACCAGAGUUAUUAUCUUUUAUUAAUAAUCUGAUGCAGAAGGAUGAUGAUUCAAAAUAAAGAACUAGUUACUGCCUUAAUGAAAAUAGAAAAAUAUAAUUGAAGUUCAUUGAAUAAGUAGUCGAUGAUUAAAUAAUAUACUAAAAAGCAAUCGGAUGGAAGCAGAAAUACAUGAAAUAGAAAAUAACAGACUUUAUAUGUUAAAAAUAAUUCGAAUCAAAGAGAAUUCUUUUCGAGCAGAACACAUAAUUAAUCAAACUCAUGAGAUGAUAAGAAGUCACAAUAUUUUUUUAUCUGCUUAGUUCAUAUUUUAUAUUAUCAUUAGCGUAGAUCUAAGCUCAUACAGUUUAUAUAAGUCUUAACGACAUUGUAAAUACUGCCAUGUAUACAAUAAAAUAAAACCAAAAUAUUUCUAACACAAAAAUAA